ACAGUUUUAUUUUUAUCUUCCAGGGAGAAAUAGCCAAGAUGUCUGAGAAAGCAACAGAGAGGAAAUCUAAAAUCUCCGCUUCUCGCAAGCUCAUGUUGAAGAGCUUGAUGGUCGCCAAGGCCAAGGAGGAGCUGGAGCACGAGAUGGAAGAAAAAGAGGAACAAAAGGCAAAGUACCUGGAAGAAAAGUCCCCUCCUAUACAGACCAGUGGCAAAUCGUUAGCAGAGCUACAGACAUUAUGCAAAGAGCUUCAUGCCAAAAUAGACGUGGUGGACGAAGAGCGGUAUGAUAUUGAAGCCAAAGUCUUGCACAACACCAGAGAGAUCAAAGACCUAAACAUCAAGGUACUGGACCUGCGAGGGAAGUUUAAGAGACCCAGCCUGAGAAGGGUGAGGGUCUCUGCUGAUGCCAUCCUGCGCUCCCUACUGGGCUCCAAACACAAUGUCUCUAUGGACCUCCGAGCUAAUCUUAAAUCAGUCAAGAAGGAGGACACAGAAAAGGAGAAAACGGUGGAGGUGAGUGACUGGAGGAAGAAUGUGGAAGCUAUGUCGGGCAUGGAGGGCCGCAAGAAGAUGUUUGAUGCAGCAAAAGGCCAAAACCAGUAAAGAAACAGCUGGCUUUCAGCUUGCUUUAACUAUCAUUGUGAACCAAAGAGUGCAGAAUGUGACAUAAACUCAGAAGAAGCACUUCACAGGGUCAAAGAGAAUAUGUUGCUAUUUUAUAUUUAACACAUUUUCACGGUUUUAUCAUCACUGAAAUAAACAUGGAAUAUCUCUCUCGC